AUGCCUUCUGCAAUUACUGUAUCCGCCAUAGACACAGAAUCAGCGAUAUGUUCAGUGGAGAGCUCGGUUCAAACUGUCUUCGCAAUCCCUGAACUUCUAGAACUCAUCCUCCUCCAGCUACCAUUUCUCGAUCUUGUUCGAGCGCAAAUGAUUAACCCAAACUUUAUGAUGUUAUCGAAUCCUCAAACUUACUACAACAAGCUCUGUUUUUUCGUGCAUCUCCAGCUACAUCAUUUCCACGACCCAAUCCUCUCCUUCAACCUUGUCAUAACGCUCAGUUCCUAG